AUGGGCAUGAUGUUCAAAGUCGUAUGUGAUGAAAGUGGAGAUGAUGGUGAUGAAGGUGGAGGUGGGGAUGGAGGUGAAGUGGUCGUGGUGGUGGUGAUGGAGGUGGAGGUUGUGACAGUGGUGGUGGUGAUGAUGGAGGUGCGUAUGGUGUUGGUUGAGGUGAAGGUGUUGGUGGAGGUGGAGUUGGUAGUGGUGGUGGUAGUGGUGGUGAAGGUGGAGGUGGAGUUGGUAGUGGUGGUGGUAGUGGUGGUGAAGGUGGAGGUGGAGGUGGAGGUGGAGGUGGGAGAUAGUGUGCGAGAACUACAUGGAAAAUGUAGACGAUGUCAUUUUUAA